AUGGAUUAUGCGUACCGUCUCUUGGACAAUGUCAAAUAUUUCUACAAAACACUUAAUCCAGCUUCCCUUUCCGGUGCGAUUGAUUUAAUUGUUGUGGAGCAGCCAGACGGGUCGUAUCUCUCAACUCCAUUCCAUGUCCGAUUUGGGAAGUAUGGCGUGCUGAACAGUGACGAUAAA